GAACGGAGGGUGUAAACAGGCAAUGUUUUCUUUGUGGAUGCACAUACAAUACAAGACAUAGCAGGAAAAGUCUGUUUUUCACAAGGCAAUAAAUGACUUCUGUCACUUCACUAAACAGCAGGAAAGGCUUGUUGAUGAAUGAGGAGGAUUAUACAGGCUGAAGCCUGAACUCUGAACCAUUAAAAUAUCUUAUCCAACCAGUCAGACUAGAGCACAACAGACACUCUGAUGGGGGAAAUUAAAAGCUGCAGCCAUUGCUGCUUUUGCAUAUGCUUACCCUGAAUAUUUAACUCUUUGCCUUUCACACUCUCUUCCACAGCAGGGAGGUUUAGAAGCUGAAAGAAGGAGGAAGAUUUUUCAGUUGUCACAUUUUUAAACAGGAAUCUGAAUAGGUUUUCCUCCAGGUGCCCUUGAGGAAGGUGCCUGUGGAAUGUAACUCAUUUAAAUGGGGAACUCAUUUAAAUGAGGAACUGUUAUUUGCUUUUUACCAACUGUUUAAUGGAUAAUGAGGUGUAAGACAGAUCCCCUGCUCCUUCAUGGAGAAUACACUGCAGAGGGUCCAUGCAAGUUAGUAUCAGAAUGAGAGGAAAGCUGAAACCAGAGUCUAAGCCUACAUUCUGCAGCUGUAGUGAUCUUUCUAAUUCAAGAAAUUUUUCAGUCUAGAAGACACCUCUCCUGGUUUCUCAGGGGAUAAAAAUCCAUAUCACAGGACUAUUUCAGUGAUACUAUUUUUCCCACUCCUGCCAGUGUUUAGAGAGAUCAAACAAUGAAAAUACCACUCCUGGUUUUCACCAUUUUGCACACAUGGGUAAAUGCCAGCUGGAAGAAUAAUGCUGAGGAGAAGUCUCUCUUAAAUUAACUAUUGUCUUUUGAUACCUAAAAGUAUUGAUUGUGCCACAACUAAAAUUUUCCUUACAACAUAAUUAUAUGGAGUGACAAACUGUUAACAGAAGUAGGUGAGUUUGGCUAAAACAGGUGUCAGGUCAUAUCCUCUGCUGCAUCUUCCCCAAGCCACCUGCAUCGAGUUGCUGACUGUGAAAUGAAGUUUGUCUCUCAACAAGAAGUAGGUCUCAUGUUGUUUACUCUUGAAAUGCAACUGCCUCUCACUCCUAUGUAUUAGGUAAGGAAAUAAUUUUGUGUGGACUCCUACAACCAGGACUGAGGAAUCUGAAACUCUCAAAACAAGAUUUAUCAGUGAUAGGGGAGGGCAGGCCAACAGCUGGGACUUGUGAUUGGGAAGAAAGUCCCCAGAAGUAAAAUGCUGAGGUGUGAUGAAGCUGCUGAGGACACCAGCAGGGCACAAUGGAGACCCCAAGGGCAUCAUGGCAGGAAAACAUCACAGGAGAGUUCAGAAUUAUUGUCUGGUGUGGUUGGGGAGCUAAGAGUGGUGUGAGGAAAAGGGGAAGGGAAAACCAAACAUUCCGAAGUUCUUGCAGGAUGCAUGGACAGCUAGAGCAAGAGGGACACUAAGCGGCAAGACAGGAUGUGGAAAAUCCAGUGUUUCUGCUGUAGCAUGUUUUGAUAUUAUUGAUUUUUUAUCUCUUCCUUUUUUUGCAGACUGUGUUCCCAAUGGAAGGCUUUUUCAGCCUCUGGAGUCCUGGGGGUUUUGUACAGAUUUUCUGUUCCAAGAGCCCAUUCUUUCUAAACAUGAACCUGUAACCAGAAGUGUAUGAAUUCUGUUUAUUACAUAAUCUGUCCCUCUUGAUCUGUGUUGGUCUGCCUUUCAAACCCCACUGCAGGUGCCUGCCCGAGGGCUCUUUGCUGUGCUGGUCUCUCUAGUCAGCUGCUGUGUGGAAGCCAGGCAGACCCGUUCUGCAAGUGUGUGCCUUCCUGUCAGCUGUGUGUUGGACAUCCCUGGGGAGACAGCUGAGGAGACCUAGAGAAGCAAAGAACCGAAGCUGGGCGGGACUGGAGUAGAAAAAUCAGUGAGGAGGAACUUAGUCAUAAAAAUUACAGCCGUACCAAGGUAACCAUCAGUGUUACUGGGAGUGGCCUCACAAACUGGGAACCGGCAGCAGGAGAGCUUCAGGAAAAGACAACCGCAGGGCAAGGGAAGUGGUGUCAUUCAGACCUGUGUGGAGACCUGCUUGCUUGUAACUGAACAUGGCAGGGGAUGUGAAAAGGUUCUCACGGAUGCUGCUGGAGUGCAAUAGCAAUGACAAGCUAUGUGUUGUGCGUGAACACCAAACGGAAGUGAUUGUUGUCCCAACUCUCCUGGUGGGAUUAUUUGUCAUUGUGCUCACUGUGAUCCUGUGGCUCCACUGCCGCGGCCUGAGGGCAAAGCAGAAGCAAUCAGCCCAAGCUGGAACCCAAGUGACGAAGAAGAAUCAGCAGGAACCCUGCUCACCAGAGAACCACUGCAUCCAGCUGAGUGAGAGGUCUGUGGAAAGCCUGCUAAAUCCUGCAUCCUCGACUCUGAAAGAAUUACAAAUACCACGAGAGAAACUCUUACAAGACACCUUGCAGCUGAUAAAACUUGGUGCCUAUGGGAGCAUCUACAGAGCACAGUUGGAAACUGGGAGCUCUGGGAAGACUAAGACUGUGGUAUUGAAAGCCUUGCAAGAUCCAGCUAGUCCCCAGAAAGUAAAGGAUUUCUUGGGAAGGAUUAAAUUCCAUCAAAAUCUUGGCCAUCAUGAGAACCUGGUUAAAUUGGUUGGAUGCUGUGUAGACCAGCUCCCACUUUAUAUGAUCAUGGAAGAUGUGUCUCUUGGUGACUUGCUGACAUUUCUGUGGACAUGUCGGAAGGAUGUAAUGGCAAUGGAUAGUGUCCCCUAUGACCUCACUGAGAGGCAGGUGUAUGAGAUUGGACAGCAGGUUGCAGCAGCUCUGGCUUAUCUCGAAGAAAAGAACUUGUUCCAUGGUGACAUUGCUGCCAGGAAUGUCCUUCUUCAUCACAACUUCACAGCUAAGCUCUGUGGUUUGGGCCUGGCCUACGAAGCUCACACACACGGUGCCAGCUCAGUCAUGUGGAAAGUGCCCGUCAAGUGGCAGGCACCAGAGAGGCUCCUGAGCAAAGCCCCUACCAUCAAGGCAGACAUAUGGUCUUUUGGAAUUCUACUGUAUGAAAUGAUUACAUUAGGUGCUCCACCAUAUCCUGAGGUGCCACCUUCUGACAUCUUAUCAUACCUGCAGAAACAGAACAUUAUGAAGCAGCCCUCAAGCUGCCAGCAAGCCAUGUACUGCAUCAUGAAGUCCUGCUGGCAGUGGAAUGCAGCUCACAGGCCUUCUCCAGCACACCUCUUGUGCUCCCUGAAAACAGCUAUGAAAACCAGCAAUGGGCACACAGUGCUGCAGGUGCCUGAGCCAGUGGUGCCUGAACUCUAUGCUGAUGUUGCUGGUGUUAAUGUGCACAGCCUAGUGAGGGAAUACACGAUCCUCUGAAGGGUCCUUUCAUAUUUUGGUGAAGGAGAAAGAAGGCUCAGAGUUUUCCCUUUCUAAAUAUUUUGCAAGCUUGGAACGAGGUGCGCAUGUUCGGAAGCGAUCCCUUUGUUCUUCAAACAUCCAUAAAAUCUCUCUUCCAUGCCAGACAUGAGAAACUGUUAUCAUUAUUAAGUCAACCUGUUGGUAUCAUUCUGCCAAUGGUCAUUUGGGAGUAAAAUGUGUUUAGGAAGCUGUAGAAAAUGUAAUGAAAAACUUGAGUUAAAGGAGUGACAGGUUUGUGUGGCAAGGUUUUGGUGAUGGGGUGGACUGCAGAGGUGACUUCUCUGAGAAGAUGCCAGAAGCUUCCCCUAGCUCCAGAAUGGAACUGCUGCUGGUCAAGGCUGAGCCCUUCAGCAACAAUGGUAGCACCUCUGUGAUUACAUAUUUAAGAAAGUGGAAAAGGUACUUCACAACAGCAGGUGAAAGAGAGGAGUGUGAAUGUGAAAGGAACAGCUCUGCAGACACCCAGGGUGGGCAGA